ACCCAUUUUACAUAGGCGCCAAAGGGUUUUAGAGCAGGGUUUAUGAUAAUAAACGCAUCACUCUCCCUAAAAAUUCCCAAAUUAGCAUCACUCUCCCUAAAAAUUCACAAACUAUAUUAACAUUCGAGUCUAAUUUAAUCAUUCAGAAGUAAUUUUUACAAUCAACAAUGGGAUUCACGCAGACAGACAAUUUUACCGGAGCUAACAAUGAGCAAAAUUUGGUCGAUCAAUUAAUCAAUAAGCAAAAGCUCGCCGCUCCUAUAAAAACCGCCGUCGAUAAAUUCCAGCUUCUUCCUGAAUUCUUAAAGUUGAGAGGACUAGUGAAGCAGCAUUUGGACUCAUUUAAUUACUUUGUAAACAUCGGCAUAAAGAAGAUUGUACGCGCUAAUGAUCGAAUUGUCUCCACCGUUGAUCCUAGCAUUUAUCUUAAGUUUAAAGAUGUUUGGAUCGGUACACCUUCGGAAAUGAUAGAUGCUAUUAGUGAACAACUCAGCCCUCAUAUGUGCCGUUUAUCUGACAAGACAUAUGCAGCACCAAUAUUUGUCAACGUGGAGUAUAUUUAUGGAAGCCACGAUCAGAAAUCCCUAGUAGUGAAGAAAAAUGUUAUUAUUGGAAGAAUUCCUAUCAUGUUACGCAGCGGCUCGUGUGUAUUAUAUGGAAAAGAUGAAGCUGAACUAGCAAGACUAGGUGAGUGUCCCCUGGAUCCAGGAGGGUAUUUUGUCAUAAAAGGGACUGAAAAGGUGAUUUUAAUACAAGAGCAACUUUCAAAGAAUAGAAUAAUUAUUGAUACUGAUAAGAAGGGAAACAUAAAUGCAUCUGUUACAAGCAGCACAGAGGCAACAAAAAGUAAAACAAUUAUUCAGAUGGAGAAGGAAAAGAUGUAUUUAUGUCUCAAUCAAUUUGCGAAAAAGAUUCCUAUCAUGGUGGUAAUUAAGGCUAUGGGGAUGGAGAGUGAUCAAGAGGUUGUGCAGAUGGUGGGAAGAGAUCCUCGAUACAGUGCCCUACUUUUGCCAUCUUUUGAGGAAUGUGCCAGUCUGAAUAUCUACACUCAGCAAAAAGCUUUGGAAUAUCUUGAUGGAAAGGUGAGGAUGCCUUCAUAUGCCACUUCUUCAUAUAGAAAGGAAAAUAGAGCAUUGCCUGUUCUUCGAGAUGUAUUUCUUGCUAAUGUUCCGGUGCAUAAAAAUAACUUUCGUCCAAAAUGUUUGUAUGUUGCGGUUAUGUUGCGGAGGAUGAUGGAAGCUAUGUUAAACAAGGAUGCAAUGGAUGAUAAGGAUUAUGUGGGGAACAAACGAUUGGAGCUGUCUGGCCAGCUGAUUUCUCUGCUCUUUGAGGACUUAUUUAAGACAAUGAUUACUGAGGUUCAGAGAACAGUUGACAUUGUGCUUACGAAACAAAAUCGGUCCAGCAGAUUCGACCUUUCCCAAUAUAUAGUCAAAGAUACUAUUACACAUGGGCUAGAAAGGACACUCUCUACUGGCAAUUUUGAUGUCAAACGAUUUAGAAUGCACAGGAAAGGCAUGACACAGGUGUUAGCUAGAUUAUCCUAUAUUGGAAGUUUAGGCAUGAUGACAAGAGUUUCACCGCAAUUUGAGAAGUCCAGGAAAGUAAGUGGACCUAGAGCAUUGCAACCUAGCCAGUGGGGUAUGCUUUGCCCUUGCGAUACUCCAGAAGGUGAAGCUUGUGGAUUAGUGAAAAACUUGGCUUUAAUGACUCAUGUUACAACUGAUGACGAAGAGAGUCCAUUAAUUUCUUUGUGCUAUUGUUUGGGAGUUGAAGACUUGGAACUUCUUUCUGGAGAGGAGCUUCAUACACCAAAUUCUUUUCUGGUUAUUUUUAAUGGACUCAUUCUUGGAAAGCACAGAAGGCCGCAGUACUUCGUUAAUUCCAUGAGAAAGCUGCGCAGAGCUGGUAAAGUUGGUGAGUUUGUUAGCGUCUUUGUGAAUGAGAAGCAGCGCGCUGUGUACCUUGCUUCUGAUGGAGGUCGAGUUUGUCGUCCACUAGUUAUUGCAGAUAAAGGUGUUUCAAGGAUUAAAGAGCACCAUAUGAAAGAGUUGCGGGACGGAGUCCGCACUUUUGACGACUUCUUGCGCGAGGGGUUAAUUGAAUAUCUUGAUGUCAAUGAGGAAAAUAAUGCUCUGAUUGCUUUAUAUGAAGGAGAGGCUACAUCUGACACGACCCAUAUUGAGAUAGAACCUUUCACCAUCUUGGGCGUUUGUGCUGGGUUGAUACCAUAUCCUCAUCAUAAUCAGUCUCCAAGAAAUACAUAUCAGUGUGCUAUGGGGAAGCAAGCUAUGGGAAACAUUGCAUACAACCAGUUAUUUCGGAUGGACUCUCUACUUUAUCUGUUGGUGUAUCCGCAACGCCCUUUACUAACAACAAGGACAAUUGAACUGGUUGGUUAUGAUAAGCUUGGGGCUGGACAGAAUGCAACUGUAGCUGUGAUGAGUUAUAGUGGCUAUGACAUAGAGGAUGCAAUAGUAAUGAACAAGGCAUCUCUGGACCGUGGAUUUGGUCGUUGUAUAGUCAUGAAAAAGUAUCCUGCCAUCUAUCAGAAAUAUGAGAAUAAAGCAUCAGACAGAAUAUUAAGGCCGGAUAGGAACGUAGAGAGGGAAAGGGUGUUGGAUGAUGAUGGAAUUGUUGCUCCUGGGGAAAUUAUCAGACCAAGUGAUAUCUAUGUGAAGAAGGAGUGCCCAUUGGAAACAAUGGGGCCUGCUAAAACUUCUGCGGCUUUACAAAUUAUGAAGUAUCGGCCUAGUCCUCUUACAUAUAAAGGUCCCGAAGGGGAGUCACCUGUGGUAGAUAGAGUUGCUCUCUGUUCAGAUAAAAAUGAUAAUCUAUGUAUUAAAGUCAUGAUUCGCCACACUCGUCGACCAGAGGUCGGUGACAAAUUCAGUAGCAGGCAUGGGCAAAAAGGUGUCUGUGGAACAAUCAUUCAACAAGAAGACUUCCCUUUUUCUGAACGUGGCAUUUGCCCUGAUUUAAUUAUGAACCCUCAUGGCUUUCCAAGUCGAAUGACUGUUGGAAAGAUGAUAGAACUUCUUGGGGGUAAGGCUGGGGUUUCAUGCGGUAGAUUUCAUUACGGGAGUGCUUUUGGAGAACCAAGUGGCCAUGCAGACACUGUUGAAGCCAUAAGUGCAACCCUUGUUAAACAUGGCUUUAGUUACAGUGGCAAGGACUUCAUUUAUUCAGGCAUAACAGGCUGCCCACUGCAAACAUAUAUUUUCAUGGGGCCAAUUUAUUACCAGAAGUUAAAACAUAUGGUCCUAGAUAAAAUGCAUGCUAGAGGCAACGGACCCCGUGUUAUGCUAACUAGACAACCUACUGAAGGGAGAGCACGAAAUGGAGGGCUUCGAGUAGGAGAAAUGGAGCGGGAUUGUCUAAUCGCUUAUGGUGCCAGCAUGCUGAUUUUUGAGCGGCUCAUGAUUUCAAGUGAUCCUUUUGAAGUUCAGGUUUGUAGAGUUUGUGGUCUGUUAGGAUAUUUCAGUCAGAAAUUGAAAGCUGGGAUUUGUUCUACUUGUAAAAAUGGGGAUAACAUUUCUACGAUGAAACUACCAUAUGCCUGCAAGCUCUUAGUUCAGGAACUCCAAUCAAUGAAUAUUGUUCCUCGACUAAAACUGGCGGAGGCAUGAUUUAUGAACGAUGAUGCUCACGGACAGCUACGGAGGUUUGAUUUAAUUACUCUUCAAGGUCAUACAACCAUGGAAGAUGAGUCCAUACUUGGGGUCUGGAGUUGCACCAGAUGCUACUUGCUGCAAAUAAUUGAUCGGGAACAGAACUUAAUUCCUGCAGCAGGUGAUGAAAAAACGCUUAAGUUUUGACUGGCAUUCUUUGGUCUUUGGAAAAUAUUUCUACAGCCGGUUAAUGGUUUCCGAUCACGGGGCUUUCUACGAUUAUUUUGCUUAUUACAAAACUAAAAUUAUUUUGUUCGCUUAUUUGGAUGAAUAAUUAUCACUUUCAUCCUGUGGUUAAAUGAACAAAGUACCCUUGUAAUCACCGGAAUUCCUCAUUAUUGUAUAUUCUUUAUGAAUGUGCUAUAAAUUAUUGGAAAUUUUUUAUAA